AUGGCGUCCCCAUCCCCAGGAAAGAAACGGAUGGACACUGAUGUCAUGAAACUGAUAGAAAGUCGUCACGAAGUUAAUCUAAUUGGAGACAGUCUCAACUGCUUCCAGGUAAAAUUCUGUGGCCCAAGUGACAGUCCAUACGAAGGCGGCGUCUGGAGAAUCCGCGUCGAGCUGCCCGAGAAAUAUCCUUUCAAGUCGCCAAGCAUCGGCUUCCUGAACAAAAUCUUUCAUCCGAAUAUCGAUUUGGGCUCGGGCUCCGUCUGUCUUGAUGUCAUAAAUCAAACGUGGACGCCUUUAUACGACCUAUCAAAUAUAUUCGACACAUUCCUGCCGCAACUGCUGAUGUACCCCAACCCUCACGACCCUUUAAACGGAGACGCUGCAGGAUUGUACCUGCACCAACCAGAAGAGUACAAAAAACGAGUCCGAGACUACGUAAGUCGGUACGCAAUGGAAAUGGGCGCCACAGGCGACGGAAACGGGGCGGGUGACGACGAUGAUGAUGAAUCUUCGAUAAAAAGAACCAAAAAUAUUGUCCAGAAAUCAGACGCGGGUUCGUCGAAGACAACCUAUCAAACCAACUUUACUAACUAUCAACAAUCAUAG